CUACGGGAUCCUCUCACCAGACGUGAACCGGCAAAUAUUAAACGAGUAUUUUAGAAACUGGUAAAUAUUUUAUUGUAAGUUGGUUUUUUUUAAAGAUAUUUUUUCGAUCAUUGUAAAGAUGUGCAAUAACAUCAACAUGGCUUGGCUAUACGAGGUUUAAGUAGUGCUCAUUCGGUGUAUUCAUGUAUAUCAUUUUUUUCCAUAUACUUUUUUUUUUUUACACUUUCGCUUUCUCAAUUAGAUGUACAGGCCAACCAUUUAAGUAUAAAAUUAUUAAAUUCAAUGAAUCAUUCCUAAGCCACUAAACCCCCCCACAUAAAUCAAUAGAAGAAUUUUUUAGGGGGUGAGGUGCUAAAAUUUAAAUGUUUAACUUUUCUUUAUACUUCUUUAGUUUAAGGCAGGGCCUAAAAGACUAAAAUUAAAAGUUAUAAUUAUAUAUAUAUUAAUAUUAAUAAUUAAUUAUUUUUAAAGUUUAUUUUUAGUCUUUAAAUGUAAGAUAUUUUAAGACUUCUUCUAUGCUAUAUAUAUUGAAAAUGGGAAGUAUUUCAAAGCUAAUUAUACAAAUAUAUCCAAUAUCAAAAUUAUAGGCUAAGCAACAUCCUAACUUUAUUUAAAAAUUUCAGAAAAUAUAUAAUAAAAAAUCUUCAUGAUGCCUGGACCAGCAAAUGCUAGACCUCAAGGAUGGCCCCAGGAAGUUGGUAUCCUGGCCCUUGAAAUUUACUUCCCUUCUCAGUAUGUUGAUCAAACUCAACUAGAGCUUUUUGAUGGUGUUUCUGCUGGUAAAUACACAGUAGGUCUUGGUCAGAGUAAGAUGGGAUUCUGCUCAGACAGAGAGGACAUCAACACUCUCUGUCUUACAGUUGUCCAGAAACUUAUGGAAAGAAAUGGUAUUGAUUAUGGAGAUAUUGGCAGACUGGAAGUGGGAACUGAAACAAUUAUAGACAAAUCCAAAAGUGCGAAGACAGUCUUGAUGCAGUUGUUUGAAGACAGCGGAAACACUGAUGUGGAGGGUGUGGACACAACUAAUGCCUGCUAUGGUGGUACUGCUGCACUUUUUAAUGCUAUCAAUUGGGUGGAGUCAAGUUCUUGGGAUGGUAAGAUCUUCCUAAAUUUAAAUAGAUACACUAAAAUAUUUUUAGGCAAUUCCAUUUAAGUAAUUAUAAAUACAUCAGAUUUAGCAGAAAUGUUAUUAAAAUUGUUGUAAAUUUAAUCAUUUUGUAAUACAACUAAUUUUAAAAACUUUUCAUCACAGGUCGUUAUGCUCUUGUGGUAGCUGGUGAUAUAGCAGUGUAUGCUACCGGAAAUGCAAGAUGUACUGGUGGUGCUGGAGCAGUGGCCAUGUUGGUGGGACCAGAUGCUCCACUUGUAAUAGACAGGGGUAAAUACCGGGUAGUAGUUCAUUUCAUGUCUACGGGAUUCAUUUCUUGGUGAAGUGCUCGUUGUCAUAAAUUCAUAUUACUUUGGUUCUUAAUCCUUUCAAAUCAUGCAUUCUUUUCUUUUUCUUAUACCUUUUUACCCUGUCUGGAGCAUAGGCCGUCCACAAUAAUUUUCCAUUCAUCAUGGUCCUGUGCCUUCCUUUCUAGUUGCUUCCAGGUGUAUUCCAUAUUUUGCGUUUCUGCCUCUAGCUAGCGUCUUUAUGUAUUCUUUGGCCUUCCUCUCGUUCUUUUUCCCUGUGGAUUCCAUGUUAGAGACUAUCUGAUAAUGCUAUCUGGAGGUUUUCGGAGAGUGUGGCCUAUCCACCUCCCAUCUUCUCUUUAUGAUGUCUUCAUCAAUGGACACCUGGUAAGUCCAAUCAUGCAUUGUUAACCAAGGUGAUAGUGAGAGAUUCUCCUAAAUCUAAAAAUUGUUUGGAAUAAGGAAUUUAAAAAAACAUUUGGAGGAAAAUGAGUUAAAAUCUAUUGGAUGGAAUGUUUACUGUCGUGGGAAUAAGAAAAUAAUUACUGUUCAGAAAACUAUUUUAUACAACAAUACAAUAUUUAAAAGGAACACACAAUGGUUGCAAUUAUUAGUUUUUACAAAAUUGAACUAUUAAAUAUAUAUGUCGUUUUACAACUAUUGGCUGGCCACACUGGCUCACACCUGACAUAAAAAUAAGAAGGAAAAAAAAAGAGAGAGAAUAAAUGUUUACAUUGAAGUAGCACUGAGAUUUUAUAUCUUCUUAUUUUUAUUUUUUCUUGCCUCAGGUGUAAGGAGCUCACACAUGCAGCAUGUAUAUGAUUUUUAUAAGCCUGAUAUGGCUUCAGAAUAUCCAACAGUGGAUGGGAAGUUGAGCAUACAGUGUUACCUCCAUGCAUUAGACAAAUGCUACGAAAGAUUUACGAACAAAGCCAUUGCAGCUGGAAUUAGAAGUAAUCGACUCCUUUCAUACUGUGCAUUUUAAUUUAAGGUUUAUUACAGGUUUAAAGUAAUAUGGUUGAACUUUUAAAAUAAUUGUACUUUUAAUGUCAUGGAAUUAUUAGGAGAUGGUUGCAUUUUGUCUAAUUUCUUGAAGAUAUUUGAGAAAAAAACUUAUUAUUGCAAGAUUUACAAUUUCUUGGUUAAUUUUUAUCACUUACACUUUUGAAAGACUUAAGAAGUUAUUAUUGUUAUUUUUUUUAAACUUGUGCUUUCAGCUGGUAACAGUACUCUUGAUGUGGGUGAUGCUUUCUUGUUCCAUUCUCCAUACUGCAAGCUUGUACAGAAAUCUUUUGCUAGAAUAUUGCUGAAUGACUUUUUGAGGGAUAGUUCCCCUGAUUUCAGUGGCAGAUAUGCUGGUUUGGAAGCACUAAGGUAUGUAAAUAAAUUAUUUAUUUCUGUUAAAAUUAGCUAAUUCAAUAAUGAAAUUGUCAUUAUUGAUUGAAAAAUUCAGUCAUAAAUAACGAGUGUAUAUACUGUGUCAAAUGUAAAAGAAAAAAAAAUUAUUAAUGUAAAAUACACAAUUAGAUGGAUACAUUUAAAACAAUAUUCCUUUUUAGAUAUAAUUUUAACUUUGAAAUAAGUAAGAUAUCAAUCCAUUUCCAGAGAUAUCAAGCUUGAAGACACAUACUUUGAUAGAGCUGUUGAGAAUGCUGUGAUGACAGCUAGCAAAGAAUUGUUUGAUGUAAAGACCAAGCAAGCCCUGUUGGUAGCCAACCAAGUUGGAAAUAUGUACACUCCAUCAUUGUAUGGUGGUCUUGCUAGUUUCAUUAGUGGGUAAGUAAUUAGUGGUUUCAUACAAACUUGGUUAUACACUCAUAUUUUUUUCUGUACCUAGAAAGUUUUAUUGAACCUUAAAGUACUUCAAACUUUUAAAAAAGUACAAUUUUAACAUUAUAAACAUUUCAUAGUAUUAGCAAUCUGAACUUGUAUUUUUUUUUCGAAACACGGAAUGUAAGCCAAAUCGUAAAACUAGUUGUCUUAUUGUAAUUAUUGGGAGAUGUAAAAUACGUUCAGCCAGUUAACCAAGGCAACUGAACUUUGUAUCAUUUGACCAUAUUUUAUUUUAUUCGUCAGUAGUUUUAAAAUAUUUAAAUGCCUAAGUCAUUUUCCAACUAAAUUAAUUUUAGUAAUUUUUGGUUUUCAUACAGGCAGACAUUGGACUCUAUAGCAAGAAAAAGAGUUGUGCUUUUUUCUUACGGAUCAGGCUUGGCAUCUUCAAUGUUUUCUCUGCAGUUUUCUGAUAACAAAGCUGCAGGUGGUGCCCUGGAGCGUCUUGUAAAUAGUUUGUCAGAUCUAAAGCAAAGGCUUGAAAGUCGUCAGUGUGUGAGACCAGAGGACUUUGAUAGCUAUAUGAAACUGAGAGAACAGACCCAUCAUUUGGGUAUGACCCUUCCCUGCAUUUAAAACUUAACUUAAUGAAAAGUAUUUAUCAGAACUCUUUGCCUGCUCUGUCAAGAUAACAGCUUAGUCAAACUUGCUGGUCAUUUUCUGUAGCAUUAUAAAUUUAAAGGGCUCAUGUUGAUUUCGUAACUCAUUAAAAUUUGUAGAAAAAUUAUGUUUUUAUAAGAAAUACCUUUACGUUAAGAUAUGUUUGUUCACCCACACAAAAAAAAACAAUUCUAUAUUUUAAAAUAACAGAAUAGUAAUGAUAGAUUCUGAUGGAAUUAGGGAUUGGGGUGAUAAAAUAAUUGGAGUAAACAGAUUCCAAAUCUCUCAUUGGAUGUGGGUCUAUUUGGUUCUGAGAAACUUUGAAAUACAACUAUCUCGCGAUUUUUAAUAUUUCACCCAAAUCUUCUUUUUUUUUCCUUUGCAGCCCCCUACACACCAGUGGGCUCAGUAUCUGUUUUAUUCCCUGGGACAUGGUAUCUUUCGGAGGUGGAUAGUAUGCAUAGGAGAAAGUAUGAACGGAGACCUCUUGCACCAGCUGAACAGGGAGACACAUGUUUGGCAGAGGUGAGGACCUGCUGUUCAGUGAAAUAAAACAUGUGGAAUGAAUUAAUCUCCAUGUUUCUUGUUGAAGAUACUGUGCUAUUAUAAUAGAUCUUGCCAACAUAAUCAUUAUCUGGAUCAAUUUUUUUGAGUAAAUAGUUUAAAACUCAAAAUUUGUCCCUUUCAAGUGAGGCAUUGAGUUCCAAAUUUUAAACUGAAGAGUAUCCAAAGUGUUUGUAUGAGUCUUGAAAGUGCUCUGCACCUGGCUCAGAAUAAUUUGUGGUGAUUUUUACCACCACAUAGUACAUGAGUUAUAAAUAACUCUUACCGCUCUUAGGGUUCAAUUGAUUCCCUACCCUUUUAUAAGAUGCUAGCAGAGUCGCAACCUUUGGUGGUAUUUACUGUCAUGGGCCAUCAAGUUGGCAAAAGUUUGGGAAAAUGGACCUUCAGAGCAAAAUUCCUUUUGUAAGAGCAGACACAUGUCUGAAUGGGCAUUCAGGAGCAGCGUCGUAUGUCCCUGCACAGGGCCGCACUGUUUUGGGUAAUCUUCUGACUUUAUGCUGUGUAAGUUGUGCCUCUGUGAAUUCCUAAUGGAACACUAACAACAUGGCUUAUCACAUUAAACCUUAGCACAUCCCAAACACUUUCCUUAGACCACCUGGCAUUUCCCAUGGCCCAAAAAUGUGUUUCUUCCACCCUACACAAUCUCAGGAACACAUCUAGCAAAAAAAUAUUUCACGACAUCCUUCAUAAUUGCCAACAUCUCACCACUUAUGACACUCAACAAUGCAUUACUACAAUAAGGAUAUGAGCACGGAAGAAAUGCUAAUGUUAUUGUAACCUAAUAUACUGGGUAACUAUUAUAAUUCAUAGCUUAAACCCAGCUAUUCUUUGUUUGUAUUCUGUGAUGUAAACUAUGUCCUGCUGACUUGAGUAAGAUCAAAGAUCAGGAUAUUUUGACAGGUGUAAAAUAAAAGCUUAAACAUAAACUUGUUACGGUACACUUAAAGACUUGAAGUGCCAUUUUCUAAUCUAAUCUACCUUUAUCUUGUCUCGGCCCACUUGUACAAUCAAAUUACUCAUAGCGAUCAAUACUGUUCAAAGGUCAGGAAUAACCCACUCCUUAUAACCUAUUUUCACAGUAACUGUGCCGAAGCGGCAUAACUUCAUUUGAAAAUUGGUUGGGGGGGGGGGGGGUUUGGAAGGAAGGAAAUUUAUUCAUCAAGAUAAAAUAAGGUCAGGAAUAACCCACUUCUUAUAACCUAUUUUCACAGUAACUGUGGCGAAGCGGCAUAACUUCAUUUGAAAAUUGGUUGGGGGGGGGGGGGUGUUUGGAAUGAAUGAAAUUUAUUCAUCAAGAUAAAAUUAGCCUAUAUAUAAAAUAAUAUUUAAACUUAAUAAAUUAUUUGACGAAAAAUUCAUUUCAUAUUCAGAGUUAUUUUAAAUUUAAAUGUAAUUGAUUUACAACUGUCUGUUUCAUAGUGUUGCUAAUAAGUGAGCUUCUUGUGAGAAUGGCUGUAAACCUUAGUAGUCAUGUAUCUUUCAGUUAGGUUGCUAGUUGUCCUGUUCAAACUUGAUACUUCAUGAUAGGCAGGAAUGGGAUAAUAUAACAGUUGUUCCAAUACUAAACCAGAAAAUAGUAGUCCAAUGUCUAUGUAAAGUUUUUUUGUGGUAUUAUUUAAACCAGUUGUAAUUUUGACUGAUGUGUAUACUGUCUCCUCUCAUCAGGUAAAACAUGUCGUUCAGGCCGCAAGUCACAGCCAUCCACAAGUGAUCAACAUGAGCUAACAUGUCUCUUUUGUAGUUUUUUUAUUUUUUUAUUACUGUCCCUUUUGUCUAUGUAUUGAUUUGUUGUUUUUACUGAUAUGUAAUGCAUCCUAGUCGUUAAAAAUGGCUUUUUUCUAUAAAAAAACAAACAAACUAAUCGCUGUCAUUUCAAUGUGGGACUCUCCCCAGAAUACAUUUUUCUAAAUAGUUACUAUUGAAAGUACUAAACUGCUAUUUCAAUAGUAGUAUAGCAUUUUUUAUGGACACACUAAAGCAGAAAGAUAUAUAAGUGUUUGAAUUUGAAAUCGUGUUUAUAAUUAGUUAUAUCUGGGAGUUCCCAUGGUUACAGAACAACUAAUGAAUUAAUCUGAUUGAAAAUGUUCACGCUGAUGAUUUUUUAAAUCUUAUUACAAGAGUAGCUCAUUUUUUAUCCCAUCAUUAUUCUAAGUAAAUGUUAGUGUAAAUUAUUAUUUUGUAUUUUUUCAAACUCACAUACUUAUAUUCUUAUAAUACUUAUAAAAAUGUUUUAAAAUUAUUUUGGUUAAAAAUUGUAUUUGGAAUGAAAUAUGUGUGUGUGAAGUGCAUAAUAUUGAUACUUCUGUUUAAAAAAAUCUUUAAGAAAAGGACCACUGGAAUGCUUAUUUUACAAAAUGUACUGAUUUAUUUUAAAAUUAUUUUUAUUUUUGCAAGGAUUCUACCAUCACCACAGCUUCCAAUUGUUUUAAUUAUUUUUACAGUCUGUGAAACGGCUAUGCCUUUUGAACUGAAAAUAUAUUUCCUGUCAAUAUUAAACUUGGUUGGCCUCAACUAACUUCUGCUAUACUUCUUUGAUUACUUUAGAAAGAAAUCGGUAAACUUUUUACUAAAGAUUGUCAGUUCUCUUUUUCCAAUUGGUGAUGACUACAAAUUUAACACUUUUAACGACACCAAAUAUUUAACAUCUCAAUAAGUUUUGAGGGUUUUUAAAAUGUAAAUGAAAUAUAUGCACAGUAUAUAUUUUUAAAUACAUGUAAUCUUUUUAAAGCUUAAGUCUCAACCAAAUACACUACAUGAAUGACUUAACCAUGUUGUCUUCUGGUUUUGAAAAUUUUAAAUGAACUGCACUUUAACAUGUUAAGGCACUUCUUAAAUAUGUUUGUUUUAUAUGCAUGUGAUCUUUUUUUUUUUUUUUAUACUUAAAUUUAUAUAUAUUUUUUAUAUAAUGCCAGUAUUUCAGUUCUACUCACCAGCUUAUUGCCAAGUCACUAGUCUCAGGUUUGGUCUGGUGAGAUGCAAUCACAAGCGAGGUCUAUUAAUAGCUUAAUGGAGGUAUUAUUCUUAUUUGAUCCUUUACAUUGGAAAAGGGGUGGGGGGAUGAUUCACUUGUAUGAUGACACUGCUUUAUUAUACCCUCAGUCUGGUUUUUGGUAAGCUCUUCAAAAUGAACACAUACAAUAGCACAUCCAAAAAAAUAGUUAAUUCUAUUGGUCAGUUUAUUGCCAUCAGUGAAAAUGUGGGCAUGUAUUUUGAAGGAUUACAUGCUGGUAAAUCCAUGUAAGUGCAGUACUCAAAACAAAUUGUUAAAUUUGAUUGAUAUGACUAAAUCUCCACUUCAUCCUGUCUUUUUGUUUUUCAAUUUACUUGCAUGACUAUAAUUCACUAUAAUCAUAUUGUAAAAAAUCCUCUCCACAUGCAAGAGUAAUUAAGCUGCUUGACACAAACCAUAACUUUUGGCUAUCAAAUCAUGAGUAAUUAAGCUGCUUGACACAAACCAUAACUUUUGGCUAUCAAAUCAUUAUUGGGUCCUAUGGACUACUAGAUUCAUAUAGCAUGCCAGUUUUCUCACUUACUUAGCACUAUUGUUAAAAUACUUGUGUAAAUAUUUUCAUGUUUAAAUAUUAAUCAGUGUAAGAAUGGUGAAUCUUGAUUUAACAAAUAUUUUGUAAUUACUAAUGCGGGAAAAAGAUAUUAAGAAACCUUGCAAACAUCGCAUAAUUGUUGUUUUGUUUUAGAUUUUAAAUAUUUUAUUAGUAGGAGUAUCUUUUUAUUGAAAUUAUAAAAUGAGUGGUAUAAGAUUGUGACAGGAACCAAUCCAUGAAGCACAAAUUGUACAAAUGGUGUGAAAAGACUGAAAACUAUUCAAUAUUUAUUAUUUUCAUGUGAAAGAAUUGUACUUGAAAAUACCCGGAUAGAUUUAAUUGAAAAUGUGUAAAAUAGUGCCACAGAGUACUUAACAAAACAAACAUAUUUCAAUAUUUAAAAGAUUUUAAAUUCUAAUUUUGAAGCUGCUGUAGCCUUUAAGUUAUCAGAGUAAUAUUUAACAGACAUUAGAAAACCUUUUUGUCAAUUAAAAUUCUUGCAGCUAAAUGUAUUGCCCACAAGAUUGGUACAGUAGUAAAAAUUUAUCAACCACAAAACUGAAAUUAAU